AUGCCUUCCGCCGUCGUAAAUACCACGGUGCAAUCCUGUGUCUUAUCGGGGAUCAGCAAUAUUAUUGCACAGUUUAUCUCGGCGUACCAGAGCAAUACUCAAUUCUCGAUUAACUGGACACCGGUCCUUCACUUCGUCUUAUACGGUGCGCUGAGCGCUCCGCCAAAUUUCUACUUACAAUCUCUCCUCGAAUCUCUCCUCCCCUCCAAGAAACAAAUCCCUCCACAAAAUGUUUCUGAGAAGAAAACCGCGCAGUCCAAACCCACUCUGUCCAUCACGAAUACCAUUCUGAAAGUGUUUAUCGAUCAAACCCUCCUCGCAAUCCUCAACGUAAUGCUAUUUCUCAUAACCUUCUCCCUCUUCCGCGGAGCCACGCUGCCACAAGCUAUCCAGUCUGCAGAAUCCGAAUACUGGGGUAUGAUGAAAGCGGGAUGGAAGCUAUGGCCGUUUGUUAGUCUGAGCAAUUUUGCCGUGAUCAAGAGUGUGCAGGGCCGGGCUUUGUUGGGCAGUUUGGCGGGGAUUGGCUGGAAUGUUUAUUUGGGAUUGGUGCAGGGUGGGAAGUGA